AUGCGACCCCGUCUUCAGAACUUCAACGCUUUACGAGCCCGAUCAUAUCUCACACGAUUACCGCUCUUUACUCGACUCAUCGUUCUAGCUAUUAUUGCUCUUUCAAUCGCAUCUCUACAGUCUGUAUGGAACCUACAAGAAUGGGGUGCUCUCAUCCCUGAAGAGAUCAGCAUUACAAACGCUUAUCGACUAUCGACUUUCCCGUUAAUACACCUCAACAUUCUCCAUGCGAUCCUUAAUCUUCUGGCGCUUACUCCCUUGAUGGAGCGAUUUGAGACCGAACAUGGCACCCUGACAUCCCUUGCCUUGUUCUUUGGACCUUUGACGUCUAUACCCGCCGUUAUUUAUGUCCUGAUCGAACGAUGCAUCUUCCGAGCAAACCACGGUGUUCUUGGAGCCAGCAUGUGGGUGUUUACACUAUUGGCGAUGGAGUCCAUCCAGACAUACAAGAGCAACCCCCACUUCGUUAUUGGCACAGUUCAUAUCCCAACAUGGACAACCCCUCUGAUAAUGAGUUUGGUGGUGGCGGCAUUGAUACCUGGAACAAGCCUCUUGGGCCACCUCUGCGGUAUCGCAAUUGGAUACGUUGCUGGCUUUGGCUAUGCCAAGCUACUUGCACCCCCGGAAUGGGGUCUUCGAUGGGUUGAGAACCGACUUAAUCUUCUCAAGAUUCUUCCCCACUAUGUGAGCAUCGACAAGACCACAUACGGUCGAUUCGGCGUGCUUCCUACGACCAACCGCCCGGGCCCUAGCGGAAGCUCGGCGACAGAGCUCGUUGGUACAACUCAACGUCUUGGACCUUAG